CUUGACAGCGCUGUUAGUGUCGCUACGAGCAAUGCUGCUCUUUUGUUAAGUAAAGUGGUGAGAAAUCUUUCUCCAAAACAAGAUUUAUGUGAUUAAAUGAUCACUACCACCACACCUGCUGACAUUAGUUACUGCAGGUGAAGGUAACGCGUCCUUGUUGGCUUCCACGACUACUUUAUUUGGCUUUAGUUAGCUAACAACAGCAGCAGCUGCAGGUCUGUGCGGAGGAGAGGAGGAUGUCGCUCCACGGGAAAAGAAAAGAGAUCUACAAAUACGAGGCUCCAUGGACGGUGUACGCGAUGAACUGGAGCGUCCGGCCAGACAAACGCUUCCGGCUGGCUCUGGGCAGCUUUGUGGAGGAAUACAACAACAAGGUUCAGCUGGUGGGUCUGGAAGAGGAGAGUUCAGAGUUUGUCUGCAGGAACACAUUUGACCACCCUUACCCCACCACCAAGAUCAUGUGGAUCCCAGACACCAAGGGGGUUUACCCGGACCUGCUGGCCACCAGUGGGGACUACCUGCGCAUUUGGAGGGUCAGCGACACAGAAACACGUCUGGAAUGUUUGCUGAAUAACAACAAGAACUCAGACUUCUGUGCUCCUCUCACAUCCUUCGACUGGAAUGAAGUUGAUCCCAAUCUGCUGGGUACUUCCAGCAUCGACACCACCUGCACUAUCUGGGGGUUGGAGACCGGUCAGGUGUUAGGACGGGUGAACCUGGUGUCUGGGCACGUGAAGACCCAGCUGAUUGCUCAUGACAAAGAGGUGUAUGACAUCGCGUUCAGCCGUGCAGGAGGUGGUAGAGAUAUGUUUGCCUCUGUGGGGGCCGAUGGAUCCGUCCGCAUGUUUGACCUCCGGCACCUUGAGCACAGCACCAUCAUCUACGAAGACCCCCAGCACCAUCCGCUGCUCCGCCUCUGCUGGAACAAGCAGGACCCCAACUACUUAGCUACAAUGGCCAUGGACGGCAUGGAGGUGGUCAUCCUGGACGUACGUGUGCCCUGCACUCCGGUGGCUCGGCUGAACAACCAUCGCGCUUGUGUCAACGGCAUCGCCUGGGCUCCUCACUCGUCGUGUCACAUCUGCACUGCAGCCGACGACCACCAGGCUCUAAUCUGGGACAUCCAGCAGAUGCCCCGGGCCAUUGAGGAUCCCAUCCUGGCCUACACUGCUGAAGGGGAGAUCAACAACGUGCAGUGGGCGUCCACGCAGCCGGACUGGAUCGCCAUCUGCUACAACAACUGCCUGGAGAUCCUGCGUGUCUAAAGCCACCCGACGAAGAAGAGGAAGCUCUUUUCUUGUUUCAGAUUUGGACUUGAUUUUUAGUCCUCGUCCCGCUGCGUUCAAGACAAAGUCACGAGUGAACUUUCUGAACGUGUUUGGAGUAUCGCACACCUACCCCACAAUAACCUGGUUUACAGUUUGUUCCAUGUCAUUUACUCCUAUUGUUCUAUUAAACGUGUUUAAGCUCUUAUUUAUUUUGCUCACAAGGUAGUGUUCAGAUAAACUCUGACUGGUUGUCUAUGACAAUCGGAUUUUUAUACUUGUUGGUGUGAUUUCAGCCAGCUGUGAGAUUAUCUUGAAGGGUUUAGAUGUUUGUGCGUUUCAUCUGUUUGAGUUGUAAACGUUGAUACGAACUACUGUAGGUGGCAGAAGAUGACCUCUCCAGGUUAGUGCUGUAGCCUUCUUGUGGACUCUUACCAUAUUAUUGGUGAUUGAAAUAUCCGUAUAUUAUGGUCUUGUCUACCCCUGUACAUUUUUUUCAAAUGGGUGUAUGUCCAGAAUCUCAGACUUGAGGCUCAAACUUGUGACCUGUGCAACUUUUAUAAAUUAUAAACUAACCUGAGAGGGAUUCGUAUCGUACCUACAGUGGCUUCUGUCAUCGCAUGGUGUGUUUUAGUUUGGCUGGCGACGCUGUGAGGCAGCCAUGUACAGCAGCACUCAGAACCUACCAGAGCAAUGUCGUUCAGCCUUUUUGAACUCCCGACUUUUUCUCUUCUUCUUUGUUUGUAGAGGAUUGUGCUUUGAAAGCUGCUUUUCUCUUUGUGUUUAUAGAGUGAGUUGUGAAACGGGAGGAGCGUGAAACAACUUUCUGACUGAGUCUGCCUCUCUUUUUUGUUGUUUUCAAUAAUUAAAGGGUCAUGUCCUUGUAGCAUGCCAAUACAAGGCAAAAAUGUACAUACAUAUAAAUAUAUCAACGCAAGAUGUUGGUAAGACAAGUGUUCAUGUUGUAGCUUUUUCAUAAAGUUUAUUAUUGAAUUUGCUCUAAUAAAUUGUAUUCCUCCGUGUCCUAGGAACAAACUUG